CCCGCCCGGUCCCCCACCCAACUCCCGCCCCGGAGCCCAUCCCGGUCCCGCCCCGCUCCCCGCCCGUCCCCCGCCUGCCGCCUCCGUCCCGAGCCCGCCCCGGGACCCGCCCCGUGGUGCGUCAGCGCCCGGCGCCGCGCACAAUUCCCCCUGGACCCGGGCGGCUGCUGCCGCGGCCCCGCUACCGUUACGCCGCCAGGAUGUCAGCUAAUGUCCCACCAAACAUGGCUGGCAAUCGUCGGCUUCAGCAGACUCAACAUCAAGUAGAYGAGGUUGUUGACAUCAUGAGAGUGAAUGUGGACAAGGUGUUGGAGCGAGAUCAGAAGCUGUCAGAGCUGGAUGACCGCGCUGAUGCCCUGCAAGCAGGAGCUUCCCAGUUUGAGACCAGUGCAGCCAAGCUGAAGAGGAAGUACUGGUGGAAGAACUGUAAGAUGUGGGCAAUAUUGAUAGCUGUUGUUGUCAUUAUCAUCAUCAUCAUUAUUGUCUGGAGCGUGUCUUCAUGAGUCACAAUAAGAAACUCAGAUCAACCGAAGGUGCCUUUGAGAAUCUUCAAGCCUCUCCACUUCAAACCUGCUGCCUUCUCAGUCCAUUUACUGCUGUUUAAAGCAAAACUAUUUUGAUUACCGAGAUGUUAACUAACUUUACUGGUCGCCUUAAGACACUCCUGUCAUUAAUUACUAACCAGCACAGCUCACCACUCGCACGGUGCCUUAACGAACCGGGGCGGGCUCGGCUCCGGGGUCCCGCUCCGGGCCACGCCCCUCGUGUUUGGGCCACGCCCAGGGGCGGGGCUUAGCAUCGCACGUGGCGGCGGGGCAGGCGCGCGCACGGGGGCCGCGUGCGGCGCCGCGUGAGGGGCGGGGCGGUGC